GUGGUGGUCGACGUGUGAUUAAUGUCGACGCUCGAGUCUGGCCCGCAAGGGCUGACGAGGCGGCCAUCUCGUAGCGCCGCUACCACUGUCUUCUCGACAGAGGUAUUCGACAAUGAGGUGGUUCCCUCCUCUCUCGCUUCCAUCGCUCCCAUUCUUCGUGUCGCUACAGAGAUCGAAGCUGAACGCCCUCGUGUUGCCUAUCUCUGUCGAUUUUACGCCUUUGAGAAGGCCCAUAGGUUGGAUCCCAGCUCUAGUGGACGUGGUGUCAGGCAGUUUAAGACUGCACUUUUCCAACGACUAGAGAGGGACAAUGCACCGAGUCUUGCUUCUCGAGUGAAAAAAACAGAUGCUAGGGAAAUCGAGGCCUUCUAUCAGCAAUAUUAUAAGCAUUAUGUUAGUGCUCUUGAUCAAGGGGAGCAAGCAGACAGAGCCCAGCUCGGUAAAGCUUACCAGACAGCCGGUGUGCUUUUCGAAGUGCUUUGUGGCGUUAAUAAGACCGAGAAAGUUGAAGAAGUUGCUCCCGAGAUUAUCGCUGCAGCUAGGGAUGUCCAAGAAAAGACUGAAAUUUAUGCACCCUAUAACAUUCUACCUCUUGAUUCUGCUGGCGCUUCCCAGUCUAUAAUGCAGCUCGAAGAGGUUAAGGCUGCUGUGGGUGCCUUGUGGAAUACUCGUGGCUUAAACUGGCCAAGUACGUUUGAGCAGCGCAGGCAGAAAGCAGGUGAUCUGGACCUACUGGAUUGGUUAAGGGCAAUGUUUGGAUUUCAGAGAGAUAACGUUAGAAAUCAACGGGAACAUUUGAUCCUUCUGCUUGCUAAUUCUCAUACAAGGCUUCACCCCAAGCCUGAACCUCUCAACAAGCUUGAUGAACGAGCAGUUGAUGCAGUAAUGAACAAACUGUUUAAGAAUUACAAAACGUGGUGCAAAUUUUUGGGACGGAAACAUAGUCUAAGGCUCCCUCAAGGUCAGCUGGAAAUUCAACAAAGGAAGAUACUCUACAUGGGUCUGUAUCUUCUCAUCUGGGGUGAAGCAGCAAAUGUUCGCUUCAUGCCAGAAUGUUUGAGUUAUAUAUUUCAUAAUAUGGCAUAUGAACUUCAUGGCUUGUUGGCUGGAAACGUGAGCAUUGUUACUGGUGAAAAUAUUAAGCCUUCUUAUGGUGGGGAUGAUGAGGCUUUCUUGCGGAAGGUUAUAACUCCCCUUUACCGGGUUAUCGAAAAGGAGGCCAAAAAGAGCCAAAAUGGAAAAGCUCCGCACUCAGCCUGGUGCAACUAUGAUGAUCUCAACGAGUACUUCUGGUCAUCUGAUUGUUUUUCUCUUGGUUGGCCCAUGCGAGACGACGGUGAAUUUUUCAAAUCAACGCGUGACAUGGCACAGGGACGAAAAGGAUCACAAAGAAAAUCUGGAAGUACAGGAAAAUCUUAUUUUGUUGAGACCAGAACAUUUUGGCAUACAUUCAGAAGUUUUGAUCGUUUAUGGACCUUUUAUGUACUAGCUCUUCAGGCGAUGGUCAUUGCUGCAUGGAAAGGAGUUUCACCACUGGAGAUUUUCCAAAAGGAUGUGUUGUACGCCUUAUCAAGCAUUUUCAUCACUGCUGCACUCCUUCGUCUUCUUCAAAGUAUCUUGGACUUAGUUUUAAACUUCCCGGGAUUUCAUCGCUGGAAGUUCACUGAUGUGCUUAGAAAUAUUCUGAAGGUUAUUGUCAGUCUUGGUUGGGCUAUUGUUCUUCCCCUAUGCUAUCUUCACACUUUCAAGAUGGUUUCUGAGAAAUUCAGAGACGUACUGUCAUUUCUUAACUCGUUGAGGGGCAUUCCUCCUUUAUAUAUAAUGGCAGUUGCUCUGUAUCUACUGCCAAAUCUACUUGCAGCAGCUUUAUUCAUAUUUCCAAUGCUUCGACGUUGGAUUGAAAACUCAGAUUGGCACAUUAUUAGAUUCCUACUUUGGUGGUCUCAGCCAAGAAUAUAUAUUGGAAGGGGAAUGCAUGAAAGUCAAUUUGCACUUAUAAAGUAUACCAUCUUUUGGGUGUCACUUUUGUGCUGCAAAUUUUCCUUUAGCUACUUUGUUCAGAUAAGGCCAUUGGUGAAGCCAACAAAGGAUAUAAUGAGUAUCCAUCGAGUUGAAUAUGAAUGGCAUGAAUUUUUUCCUAAAGCCAAGAACAACUAUGGGGCAGUUGUAUCACUGUGGAUGCCAGUAGUUUUGGUUUAUUUCAUGGAUACUCAAAUUUGGUAUGCUAUAUUUUCAACCAUAUAUGGUGGUUUCAUUGGAGCUUGUGAUCGAUUAGGAGAGAUACGAACUCUGGGUAUGCUUAGGUCUAGGUUUCAGUCUUUACCAGGUGCAUUUAACACAUACUUGGUGCCAUCAGAUAAGUCUCAGAAAAGGGGAUUCUCUUUCUCAAAGCGUUUUGCUGAGAUUACAACCAGCAGGAGAAGUGAAGCUGCCAAGUUUGCACAGUUGUGGAAUGAAGUGAUAUGCAGUUUUCGAGAGGAAGAUCUAAUAAGUGACAGGGAGAUGGAUCUCUUGCUGGUUCCUUACUCAUCAGAUCCCAGCUUAAAAAUAAUCCAAUGGCCUCCCUUUUUACUAGCCAGCAAGAUUCCAAUAGCAUUGGAUAUGGCGGCUGAAUUUCGAUCCAGAGACUCCGACCUAUGGAAGCGUAUUUGUGCAGAUGAGUACAUGAAAUGUGCAGUGAUAGAGUGUUAUGAAUCUUUCAAAAAUGUCCUGAAUGUUCUGGUGGUUGGUGAAAAUGAGAAAAGGAUCAUCGGGACCAUUAUUAAAGAAGUUGAAAAUAAUAUUGGGAAGAACACACUUCUCACAAACUUCAGAAUGGGUCCCUUGCUCAUUUUGUGCAAGAAAUUUGUGGAACUCGUGGAGAUCUUGAAAGAUGGAGACCCAUCCAAGCAAGAUUCAGUGGUGCUUUUGCUGCAAGAUAUGUUAGAAGUUGUCACUCGAGAUAUGAUGCUCAACGAAGUCCGUGAAUUGGCAGAACUGGGUCAUAACAAGGACUCUGGAAGGCAACUCUUUGCUGGUACUGACACUAGACCUGCCAUAAACUUUCCUCCUUCAGUUACAGCUCAAUGGGAAGAGCAGAUUAGACGCCUCUAUCUACUAUUGACUGUGAAAGAAUCUGCCACUGAAGUUCCCAUAAAUCUUGAAGCACGAAGAAGAAUUGCAUUUUUCACAAAUUCAUUGUUUAUGGAUAUGCCACGUGCUCCACGAGUUCGUAAGAUGUUAUCAUUCAGCGUUAUGACUCCAUACUAUAGUGAAGAGACUGUCUAUUCUAAAACUGACCUUGAGAUGGAAAAUGAGGAUGGUGUCUCCAUCAUAUAUUACUUGCAGAAGAUCUUUCCAGAUGAAUGGAACAACUUCAUGGAGCGACUUAACUGUAAAAAAGAUAGUGAGAUUUGGGAAAAUGAAGAAAACAUAUUACACCUCCGCCAUUGGGCAUCCUUACGAGGACAAACUCUAUCAAGAACAGUUAGGGGUAUGAUGUAUUAUCGAAGGGCUCUGAAGCUUCAGGCAUUUCUUGACAUGGCUUCUGAAAGUGAGAUACUUGAAGGCUACAAAGCGAUCACAGUUCCAUCAGAAGAGGAUAAAAGAAGCCAGAGAUCCCUAUAUGCUCAAUUAGAGGCCGUGGCUGACAUGAAAUUUACAUACGUUGCUACUUGCCAGAACUAUGGAAAUCAGAAACGAAGUGGGGAUCGCCGAGCUACAGAUAUCUUGAAUCUGAUGGUUAAUAAUCCAUCUCUUCGAGUGGCAUAUAUUGAUGAAGUUGAAGAGAGAGAAGGUGGAAAAGCACAAAAAGUUUACUAUUCUGUAUUGGUCAAAGCUGUUGAUAAUCUUGACCAGGAAAUCUAUCGGAUUAAGCUACCGGGUUCAGCUAAGAUUGGAGAAGGGAAACCUGAAAAUCAAAACCAUGCUAUAAUUUUUACCAGAGGUGAAGCACUUCAAGCAAUUGACAUGAAUCAGGACAACUACUUGGAAGAAGCUUUCAAAAUGCGAAACCUUCUAGAAGAGUUCAAUGAGGACCAUGGUGUUCGUCCUCCUACAAUUUUGGGUGUGCGUGAACAUAUCUUUACUGGAAGUGUUUCUUCUCUGGCUUGGUUUAUGUCAAAUCAAGAAACUAGCUUUGUUACUAUUGGUCAGAGGGUUCUUGCAAGGCCUCUAAAGGUGAGGUUCCACUAUGGUCAUCCAGAUGUUUUCGAUCGAAUCUUCCAUAUUACUCGUGGGGGCAUGAGCAAAGCUUCUCGAGGCAUCAACCUCAGUGAGGAUAUCUUUGCUGGCUUCAACUCAACGUUGAGACGAGGAAAUGUAACCCACCAUGAGUAUAUUCAAGUUGGGAAAGGGAGAGAUGUUGGUCUUAAUCAAAUCUCUCUUUUUGAGGCAAAGGUAGCUUGUGGUAAUGGAGAGCAAGUUCUCAGCAGAGAUGUCUAUCGUCUGGGUCAUCGUUUUGACUUUUUCCGCAUGCUGUCUUUCUACUUCACGACGGUAGGAUUUUACAUCAGCGCAAUGAUGAUUAUCAUUACAGUAUAUGCUUUCUUAUAUGGUAGACUUUAUCUGUCAUUGAGUGGAUUGGAGAAGUCCAUAAUGAAAUAUGCGAGGUCAAAAGGAGAUGAUCCUUUAAAGGCGGCCAUGGCUUCACAAUCAGUUGUUCAGUUGGGUCUUUUAACUGCCUUGCCAAUGAUCAUGGAAAUUGGUCUUGAGAGAGGGUUCAGAACUGCAAUGGGUGACCUGAUAAUCAUGCAAUUACAACUAGCAUCUGUCUUCUUCACCUUCUCUCUUGGCACAAAGGUGCAUUAUUAUGGGCGCACAAUCCUUCACGGUGGGGCAAAGUAUAGGGCUACCGGUCGUGGUUUUGUCGUGCGACAUGAGAAAUAUGCUGAGAACUAUAGGAUGUAUUCAAGGAGUCACUUUGUCAAAGGACUAGAGCUUACAAUAUUGCUUAUAGUUUACCAGAUAUAUGGAACAGCUGCUACUGAUGCUAUAGCUUAUAUUUUUGUCACAUCCUCAAUGUGGUUCCUGGUUGUUUCCUGGUUAUUUGCCCCUUUCCUUUUCAACCCUUCAGGUUUUGAAUGGCAAAAGAUAGUGGAUGAUUGGGAUGAUUGGUCAAAAUGGAUCAAUAGCAGAGGUGGUAUUGGUGUGCCUGCAACUAAAAGUUGGGAGUCCUGGUGGGAUGAGGAACAAGAACACCUUCAGCACACUGGAUUCCUUGGACGCUUCUGGGAAAUCGUACUAUCUAUCCGAUUCUUUCUCUAUCAAUAUGGAAUAGUGUAUCAUCUACACGUUGCUGGAAAUAAUAAAAGCAUCACGGUGUAUGGGUUAUCGUGGCUUGUCAUUGUUGCUGUGAUGGUUAUACUGAAGAUUGUGUCCAUGGGUAGAAAGAAGUUCAGUGCAGACUUCCAGCUAUUGUUCAGGCUUCUGAAGUUGUUCCUGUUUAUUGGUUCAGUGGUCAUAGUCACAAUGCUGUUUACACUUCUACAUCUCACGGUCGGCGACAUUUUUGCAAGUAUUCUAGCCUUCAUGCCCACAGGCUGGGCUAUUUUGCAAAUAGCACAAGCUUGUAGACCUAUUAUGAAAGCAGUAGGGAUGUGGGGAUCAGUGAAAGCUUUAGCCAGAGGGUACGAGUACGUGAUGGGCGUUGUCAUUUUCGCACCUGUGGCUGUGCUUGCCUGGUUCCCAUUCGUGUCGGAGUUCCAGACGAGGCUCCUCUUCAACCAAGCAUUCAGCAGAGGUCUCCAAAUCCAAAGGAUUCUGGCUGGUGGGAAGAAGAAUAAGUGAAACCCAGAUGAAAGCUCAUUCAUAUAUUAGAGUUGAAAAGAAGAGGAACACAACAUCCCAACUUCUCUUAAAGAUCGCUAACUCAUGUUCAAUAAGAUGGAUUGUGCAUUGCUUUCCCUCUUUUACCAGCAACUACUCCCUUUAUGAGACCCUUAUUAUGUAUUAUAGGUUCCAAUAUAAUAUUAGCGUAACCUAAUGUUGUUACAGAUUCGUUUUACGUAUAAUAUACAUAACCUACCACAAUUUUACUCUAUAUUAAAUCAUAGUUGUACUUUUACCCAUUCCCUUACGAAUU